CCUCCCCUUGCUCCAGCUCCUCAGCUAAUCACCCCGCGGCGCGCGCCCUAAAGUUCUGGGCAAAGUACUGAGAACUGGUCGCGGGAUCGCACGCCCGCCAGUGGCAGAGGACCAGGGACCUCCGCGCCAGGAAAGCUGGUGCGCAGCGCUGCUUCCGCCCACCAUCUGUCGGCGAGUGGAGCUCGGCGCCCCAGUCUCCUGCGGUUGGUGCUGGAACUGCCGUCGGCUGAGCCUUGCAGGGACCCGAGAAGCCGAGUUUGUGUCCUUCCCGGUCUGAAGCCUGCACUGGGGAACCACGCAGCGUCCACAGCUGCGGAAAGCUCAGGUCUGCCCUGUCUCAGCAAAGACCAAGAGACACCACCACUUCCUUCAGAAGCACUGAGCUUAUUCAGGAAUUUCCUCCAAGACUUCCAAAAUGGUUUUUAGACACACUGGAUAGAGCUGACACCUGCCUGUGUGGCCCCCAGCCUCUCAGUCCCUCCAUCUUCUCAUGGCAUUUUGAUUGCACUGAGCCCAAGUGACCAGCUCUUCAUGAUGAGUGAUGAGAAGAACCUGGGUGUGUCCCAAAAAUUGGUUUCUCCUUCAAGAAGCACAAGUAGCUGUUCCUCCAAGCAAGGGAGCCGACAGGACAGCUGGGAAGUGGUGGAAGGAUUGAGGGGGGACAUGACUUACACCCAGGAGCCGCCUGUGCAGAAAGGAUUUUUGCUGAAAAAGAGGAAGUGGCCCUUAAAAGGCUGGCACAAGAGAUUCUUCUACCUGGACAAAGGAAUCUUGAAAUAUGCCAAGAGCCAAACUGAUAUUGAGAGAGAGAAGCCGCAUGGCUGCAUUGAUGUGGGACUUUCGGUGAUGUCUGUGAAGAAGUCAUCCAAGUGUAUCGACCUUGACACUGAGGAGCACAUCUACCACCUGAAGGUGAAGUCCGAUGAAGUCUUUGAUGAGUGGGUGUCCAAGCUCCGACACCACAGAAUGUACCGGCAGAAUGAGAUCGCCAUGUUCCCUCGUGAUGUCAGUCACUUUUUCCCAGGGUCCACUGUCACAGACUCUGCCCCAGUGUUCGAUGCCAUUUCCAGUAGGAAGCGUAGCAGUCUAUCAAAGCAAAAUUCAUUCCAAACUGGAAGCAAUUUGUCAUUUUCUUGUGCUGGUGACGCACGCGUUCCAUUCUGGCUACAGUCUUCAGAGGACAUGGAAAAAUGCUCAAAAGACCUGGCACAUUGCCACACCUAUCUGCUGGAAAUGAGUCAACUCUUACAAAGCAUGGACGUCCUGCAUCGGACAUACUCAGCACCAGCCAUCAACGCCAUCCAGGGUGGAGCUUUUGAAAGUCCCAAAAAGGAAAAGCGAUCACACAGGAGGUGGCGGUCCAGAGCUAUUGGCAAAGAUGCUAAAGGAACGCUGCAGGUCCCUAAACCUUUUUCUGGCCCAGUGAGACUACACUCUUCCAAUCCUAAUUUGUCAACACUGGACCUUGGUGAAGAGAAGUGUUACUCGGAUGGUUCUGAAGCCUCGUCCGAGUUCUCCAAGAUGCAGGAGGACCUGUGCCAUGUCGCCCACAAAGUUUACUUCGCUUUAAGGUCAGCUUUUAAUAGCAUAUCGGCGGAGAGAGAGAAGCUGAAGCAGUUGAUGGAGCUGGAUGUCUCCUCCUCCCCAUCUGCUCAGGUGGUCGGUCUGAAGCAUGCCCUGUCAUCUGCCCUAGCACAAAACACAGAUCUUAAAGAACGCUUACGCAGAAUCCAUGCGGAAACUCUGCUCCUCGACCCUCCCGCUGUUCCCAAGUCGGGGGACAACCUGGCAGAGGAAACCUCUGGGGACGAAAGCCGAGCCCUGGUGCACCAGCUCUCCAAUGAGAGCAGGCUGUCCAUCACUGACUCCCUUUCUGAGUUCUUUGAUGCCCAGGAAGUUCUGCUAUCUCCUAGCUCUUCAGAAAAUGAGAUUUCUGAUGACGAUUCAUAUGUCAGUGACAUAAGUGAUAAUCUGUCCUUAGACAACCUCAGUAAUGAUUUAGACAAUGAAAGACAGACCUUAGGGCCUGUUCUGGAACGUGGUGGGGAGGCCAGGUCCAAAAGGAGGACCUGCUUGCCUGCACAGGGCCCCAACACCAGCAGUGUCAGCCUGUGGACAAUCCUGCGCAACAACAUUGGGAAGGACUUGUCCAAGGUGGCCAUGCCCGUGGAGUUGAAUGAACCCCUCAACACACUGCAGCGGCUUUGCGAGGAGCUGGAGUACAGCGAGCUUCUGGACAAGGCCGCGCGCAUCCCCACUGCCCUGGAGAGGAUGGUGUAUGUGGCAGCCUUCGCCAUCUCUGCAUAUGCAUCCAGCUACUUCCGAGCUGGCAGCAAGCCGUUUAACCCGGUCCUUGGAGAAACGUACGAGUGCAUCCGACAGGACAAGGGUUUCCAGUUUUUUGCUGAGCAGGUCAGCCACCACCCACCUAUCUCCGCCUGCCACGCUGAGUCUCGAAACUUCGUUUUCUGGCAAGAUGUGAGAUGGAAAAAUAAAUUCUGGGGUAAAUCCAUGGAAAUUGUCCCAAUCGGCACAACCCACGUGACUCUGCCAACUUUUGGAGAUCACUUUGAGUGGAACAAAGUGACCUCCUGCAUCCACAACAUCUUAAGCGGACAGCGGUGGAUCGAGCACUAUGGUGAAAUUGUCAUCAGGAACUUGACGGAUGACUCCUGCCACUGCAAAGUGAACUUCAUAAAGGCAAAAUACUGGAGCACUAAUGCCCACGAGAUCGAAGGCACCGUCUUCGACCGCAGCGGGAAGGCGGUGCACCGGCUGUUUGGGAAAUGGCACGAGAGCAUCUACUGUGGUGGCGCCUCCUCCUCCACGUGUGUCUGGAGAGCGAAUCCCAUGCCAAAAGGCUAUGAGCAGUAUUACGGCUUCACACAGUUUGCAUUAGAGUUAAAUGAAAUGGAUCCAAUGUCAAGGUCUUUAUUACCACCCACCGACACUCGGUUUAGACCAGAUCAAAGGCUUCUAGAAGAAGGGAACAUAGAGGAAGCCGAGGUACAGAAGCAGAGGAUUGAGCAGCUGCAGAGGGAGAGGCGGCGGGUCUUAGAGGAAAACAACUUGGAGCACCAGCCCCGGUUUUUCAGGAAAUCCAGCGACGACUCUUGGGUGAGCAACGGGACCUAUCUGGAACUGAGGAAAGAACUUGGCUUUUCCAAACUGGACCAUCCCAUCUUGUGGUGAAAAAGUCAAGAAGAAGGUUAUGUCAGGGUACUCCCACCACGUUUGUUCCAGAAGCAGCAGACACCUGUAUCUGUACCUUUAAAAGAUAGUAUCUAGAAGGACCACUUGUGCUUAGCUUAGCAUUGUAAGUACUGAAGUACAUACUUUCUUCAGUAAGUUUCUUUACAAUUUCAAAUACUAUCAUGAUUGUUUAUAUGAAUGUAGAACACCUCAGUAAUCCUUUUUUUAUAUAAACUAUUUAAUAAAAAUGGAAGAAUGAA